GAUUGCACUUGAGUGAGGAUGGCAGCAGCUUUGAGUCUCAUGGCUGCUACGGCAACGCGUGGCGUGGCGGCCAGGGGAGUGCGUGCAGCCAUGGCGCGUGGGGUUGAAGCUCGUGUUCAGAUGCUGCGCCAUCCUUUGGGCAAAGGCCCCGCUGGCUGUCGACGAUGGGCGGCGCAAUCCGCGGCCACGCCGACCACAACGUCGGAUAAUGGCAAAGAGGCGGCGGCAACAGAGCCCCAGCCCAACUGGGCCGACCGCAUUGUCCAGAGCAUGGGCUGGUUGGGCGGCUUUUAUACCAAGAAACAGGUCCAAAUGAGAAACGCCAAGGAAUUGUAUUCCAUUUGCGCUGAGCGCUCGCUACAUCCACACUUUUAUCGCGUCUGUGAUCUCCCAGACACCUUUCAGUCAUGGUACUUGAUCACGCAGCUGCAUCUUUAUUUCUUCUUGGUGUGGUUGAAGCAAGCGGGCGGGGAUGGGCCCUUUGUGUACAAACAAAUGGUCACUCUUUUUUGGGAGGAUGUGGACCAUCGCAUGCGUAUCAUGGGCGUGGAUGAUCGCACAAUUCAGCAAGAGUCGCUUCGCGAACUCUUUUCCAUGUUCUACGGCCUCAUUUUUGCUUACGACGAGGGUGUUGCUGGUGAUGACAUGACAUUGGCGGCGGCGUUGUGGCGCAACAUGUUUCAUGACGCUCGGGCUGACGUGGAUGGUCAAAAGCUGGCCGUGAUGGUCGAGUACGUGCGGCGGGAGAUGCUGCGCCUGGAUCAAACAGAUGUGGCCAAGCUGAUCGAGUCUGGCGAACAUGAAAGCACCCACUCCAACCAAGAGCAUAGCAUCGAACCGUCCACUUUCUUUGUCGUGUGUGAGACGAGCCCGGAUUCAAGAUUGAAGACCGACCUGGUGAACGGGACAUUGAGUUGCAAGCUCUUGCCUCACACGCAUACUCAUCCGUCCAUCCACAGCAACCUCAGCCCACAUCUCAGCAAUAACUCUUAUACCACCAGCAGCAUCAACAACUCGAGGAGAUCAAAUGACGUGAACAACAACAACAACAAUUCAGUGCUUUUAUCGCACACACACCGCACACACACACACACACACACACACACACACAUACACACACACACACACACACACACGAUUUGGUAUGGCUUUAGCAACGGUCGCAUUGAUGUCGCCCACGAAGCCGAGGCCACACCCACCACCCCGCCUCGCAGCCACAGUCGCUCGUCAGUCUCGUCCUUGGCCUCUGAAGCAUCUCAGCCCGGAUCCCCAUCAAGGCGCUGGCGCUGGUUGAAUUUCAUGCGCCCUGAUCAGAGCCCCCUCCACAUGGGCGGCGCCGACACUCGCUCACCACAUUCCACAUACAAAACCUUGCGAAGCCUGCAACUCGAUGGCCCCAUCUCUUGUAUUCUGCCUUUGCCGCUGACGGAGGCCGUCUGGAUCGGCGGCCACGGCGGCUUUCUCAAGGUGUUUGAUGCCCGCACUCUCGAAUGCACCGCCGACUUGACCAUGCACGAGGAUCACAUUGCGAGCCUGCAGGUUGAUGACAUGAAUCCCGACUGGGUGUGGACCGCCAGCCGCGACGCACAUGUUGUGCUUUGGAAUGCACAACAGCAAUACGCCCUGCAAAACGUGAUCCUGCAAACCCUCCUGGACGACAGCGCACUUGUGGCAGAUAUGGUCCCAAUGGAUGACCUUCUCUGGCUGGCCGUGGGCACACAUGUUAUCGGCCUCACCAAGCGGGACGCGCGCGUCAUUGAUGCCAUCCUGCCUCAAUUUCAAAAAAACCGAACGAGCACGUCAGGUCAUCUCAGUGAUGGCCGUAUCGUCCGUGCCGACAGUCUCAGCAGCUCGCGGAGCUUCCUGACUCGGCGUCGAGCCGAGAACGUAGCCGGUGACAUUGUCCAUGCCGCCUUGGAGAUUGGAAUUCAAUCCGUGCGUCUGGCCUCCUCAACCACGACACCUACAGUCUCAUCCAUUCCCAUCCCUGGCCUCCGCUCCGCCGAAGGGCUCUCAGCAUCGCCUGCGUCGACACUCGGCCGCUCGCCCCGUCCCAAUCCGUUUGGAGCUACCACGGUUCCAGGCCGCCUUGAUAGCACCGCUGGAAGUGCGGCCGAGAGUGCCGCCAGUAGCAAUGUUUCCAGUGAUGCCGAGGACGAUGGCAUGCCACAUUUGCCCAUCCCUAGCGUGCCACUAACCGCCUUGGGCCAAAUCUUUGCCGCUGCUGCGGAUGACGGCGUGAGUUCAAACCGCUUCAAGCGGCCUCGCCGCCAUCCUAUUUUGGCCCUGCCUGUCGACCUGAUAUGCGCUGGACUUGAUGGCGAGCUGUGGUGCUGCUCGCCCAAGUCAUCAGCCAUGCAGGUGUUUGAUACACGGCGCAGCCGUCGGCUUCUCACCUGGCUCGUAAAGUGCCAGGGCCUGACUUGUGUCAAGCGUCACGACGACGUUGUUUGGGCCGGUGGCACCUCGGGUGCCAUCUAUGCCUGGCAUGCCCGCACCAAGCACCCGCUUCUUCGGCUAUGCCUACAUACGGAUGGCGUUGUUGGACUUGCCAUAAGCCCCGACGCUCGUCACCUGGCCACGGCUUCUGCACCGUUGGACGGCUCGAUCAUUGUUCAUAAUAUGGCCGAACUAAUGCGUCGAUACAAGCAUGACACGGUGAUUAGUGCUCGCUUGACCAGCGGUGACUUUGAGGAGUUUCCACGCGUGCAUGAAGGUCAGCACGUCCAGCACGUGGCAGCAGCACAGGCCGAGACGGUGGGCGCAUAUGCUGUUCAACCACAACUUCAAGCUGACUAUGAUCAAUAUGGGUUCAUGCGCUUUGCCGUGGUUGCGGAUGUGCCCCCUCGUUCUGAGACGCGGCCACUGGAAUCGAGGGCAAUCCGAGCCUUUCGCGUGGAUGCUGAAAAGGUCACGGCCAACGACCUGGAACGACAUGACGAGUAUGCCUCCUGUUUGGAUCCCACCGACUUUGGUAUCGCGUCGUACCUUGUAUUUGGCUCAACUGGUGUGCUUAUGGAAUUCUGGUGCCAUGUCUGGAAGCAUUUUGUGGCCGCGCGUACCGCAGGCAUUCGACGCAUCAACGGCAACAACUUUUACAAAAAAUUGGUUGAGCACAAGUCGACGAAGCAACUUGAGUACGCCGAGUUGAUCAAGGUGAAUUUGAGCGUCGUGCUGGACUUGCUGCGCACGUUUUCCAACAACGUGUUCUUCCAAGACUUUAAUGCGCCAAGCGUGGUCGCGUUGCAGCGCGUGUUGACGGCCUUUGCCUUUUUCAUCCCCAGAAUUGGCUACACUCAAGGUUUCAACCGCUUGGUUGCCUUUGCCAUGCUGUAUCUCAAUGAGGAAUGGGCCUUUUACGCUCUCGAUGCCAUUGUGGAGAAGAUUAUGCGGUUUGAGUACUACAACUUUCCCAUGACGGGCUGUGCCGUGGACCGUAGCAUGUUUGUGGCCAUGGUGAAGGAGACGAUGCCCGAGUUGCACGACCAUUUUCAACAUUACUGCUUGGAUCUGCAGCGCAUCUGUUUUAGUUGGUUUUUCACGGCAUUUGUCAACACACUGCCGACUGAAGUCGUGCUGCGCAUUUGGGACGCCUUUUUGUGCGAAGGCCGGAGCGUUCUGUUUCGCUAUGGGCUCGCACUGCUCAAGCUGCACAAGGACGACAUUUUGCAAUUUCGUGAGGAUACAGAGCUGAAUGCUUUCUUCAAAGAGGAUCUAUUUCGCGUGCGCAACACCGCCUUUCACGAUUUGGGACUGGACGUGGAAGCCUUUAUUGCGACGAACAGCGAUUAUUUUCGCAGAGUGUGUGAGGAGGAAGAGCAGAGGUUGUCAGGUCAUGGAUAG